ACAACCAAACCAAACACCAUCUACGUACGCUUAUUACAUCUUUUUUAAUUUCCUUCAGCAUCAAUGGCAGAGCAAAGGCAACCAUUCCGUUUUCGACUCCCUUGGCAAUCAGCACAGAAUGCUCCUCCACCUCCACGUCCUUCAGUUGGAUCACAGCCCCCUCGCCCUGCAGUUGAAGUCCAAAGACCUGCCCAACCUACCACCACUGUUCUGCCUCAGCAGCCGCCCUUUAGGCCACCCGGGAUAGCCCCGGUACAGCCCCCUCCUUCCCAAGCUCAAGCACCACAAAAAACUGAACCUGCGCCACCACCAUCUAGUGCAUCUGCCGAAACUCAAGCUGCUGUCCAGCCAGCAGCACCUGCAUCUCCUUCAAGAACGCAAACCCGGGCAGCGGGUUCUCUGCCUCCAUCACCACCAUCGCCUGCAGCACCUCAAUCCCGAGUUGCCUCCGUGCCCUCAUCGCCAUCUCGCACAUCUCAAACACAACCAGCACCGCAGACAACCUCUCAGCAGCUUUCGUCUCCCCCGCCUCGUUUUUCCUCUCAACUUGCUGGCCAAACGGCAUCACAAUCCUCUUCUCCAACUCAAACAGCCACUCAGUUACAACCAACAGGUACUACAAAAUUACAACAGACAAUUCAAGAAAGCUCUCAGCCUACUCCCACUCCUACUGAUCCCCAAACAUCUGUUUCUGAGCAAGAACCAAAGCCAGCAGUGUCUCAGCCCCAAACAUCUGUCUCUGAGCAACAACCAAAGCCAGUAGUAUCUCAGCCCCAAAUAUCUGUCUCUGAGCAACAACCAAAGCCAGUAGUGUCUCAGCCCCAAACAUCUGCCUCUGAGCAACAACCAAAGCCAGCAGUGUCUCAGCCCCAAACAUCUGUCUUUGAGCAACAACCAAAGCCAGCAGUGUCUCAGCCCCAAACAUCUGCCUCUGAGCAAGAACCAAAGCCAGUAGUGUCUCAGCCCCGAAUAUUUACCUUUGAGCAACAACCAAAGCCAGCAGUGUCUCAGCCCCAAACAUCUGCCUCUGAGCAAGAACCAAAGCCAACAGUGUCUCAACUCCAAACAUCUGUCUUUGAGCAACAACCAAAGCUAGCAGUGUCUCAGCCCCAAACAUCUGCCUCUGAGCAAGAACCAAAGCCAACAGUGUCUCAACUCCAAACAUCUGUCUUUGAGCAACAACCAAAGCCAGCAGUGUCUCAGCCCCAAACAUCUGCCUCUGAGCAAGAACCAAAGCCAGCAGUGUCUCAGCCCCAAACAUCUGUCUCUGAGCAAGAACCAAAACCAGUAGUGUCUCAGCCCCGAAUAUUUACCUUUGAGCAACAACCAAAGCCAACAGUGUCUCAACCCCAAACAUCUGUCUCUGAGCAAGAACCAAAGCCAGUAGUGUCUCAGCCCCGAAUAUUUACCUUUGAGCAACAACCAAAGCCAGCAGUGUCUCAGCCCCAAACAUCUGUCUCUGAGCAAGAACCAAAGCCAUCAGUGUCUCAGCCCCGAACAUUUGUCUUUGAGCAAGAACCAAAGUCAGUAGUGUCUCAGCCCCAAACAUCUGUCUCUGAGCAAGAACCAAAGCCACUAGUGUUCCAGCCCCGAACAUCUAUCUUUGAACAAGAACCAAAGCCAAUAGAGUCUCAACCCCAAUCAUCACAAGAACCUCAAUCAAAGGCACGAGUACUGCCAUCUGAAACUGUUUCCAAGCUCGAUGGUGGCGAUGCAGAGCCCCUACCAGAGAGAAAGCGGGAGGAAAGUGAAGGAGGGAAGAAAGUUGUGCGAGAAAUAAUUGAAGAAAAGAAAACAAGUGUUCCAGCUAAUGAAGAACCAACAAAGAGCACAAUCACGGAGCUUCUUACUUCAACAGCAGUUGCUGCUGGAACAAAGACUAAAGAACUCCUGAGUGCAGCAUUUCCGGCUAAACAAAAGCAGAAGGAACAGAAGGAAGAAGCUUUUGACAGAAAGGAGGCAGUGGUCAUCCAAAAACAGAGGACAGGAAAACGGAUGGACAUUGCAAGUUCAACACAUUCGAAGGACGGGAAAACUACACAAGAACCCAACGAAGAACGACUUCCACUGCAUGAAGAGGUAAGGAAAGAUAUUUCCAAAAUUGUUCAAAAGCUGUCCACUGGCCAUCUGACGGCAGAAAAUCCAGCAAGUGUCGUAACCAUAACUGGUGAAAACAGAGGAGCAUCAAUGCACUUAGGCUUAGACUCGGGCAAGAAAGAAGAAUCUGUCCACAUUCACCGCGGUUACAAGCUCAACCCAGAUGAGAGCUCUGAAGCCACAUCGGACGAAGAGGGGAGCUCCAAGGUUAAAAAGUCCAAAGAUCCACAAAAUCCGGCGCCGUCAAGGGUAUAUAUCAAUAGCAAUAUACAGAGUGUCAAUAACUCGAUUUUGAUCAACAGUUCUGUCACUGAAAGGAACCCUGGCGUUAAUUUAGUUGUAUCUCAUCGCCAAGAAGAGCCCAUCAAACCAAGUGGUAAAUUGGAGCCUCUUGAAGCUCGUAGGGCUGAAUUCAACAUCACCCCAGCCGAGAAGCUUACAUAUGAUCCCGCGGUAAAAAGACGAUGCCUCAGAGGCCUUUUUAUGGAAUCCAGUGACUCAGACCCGGAUAAUCCUGAAAAGCCCCGACGUCAUGGUUGCCGGUAUAACUGUGAAGUGAAGGACAAAGAUGAGGAGAUUGGGAUUCACUGACCAAGUGAAGACGAAGAAUAUAUAUGUUUGUUGGAACAAUAAGAUAAUAAUGCAUGUUACGUAUUGAUAAUAAGGAUGCUACAUCAUCCACUGACGUUCGUCAGGCUUUCUACUCUGUUUGAGCAUGUUAUCUAAGAAAUUAAAUAUGCUGUGUACUGUAAUUAGCAUUCUAAUAUCAAGAAUAUAUUGUAUUACAAUUUACACCAAA